ACCGUCCGGUGCGCCGCCAGCCCGCACCUCCGCGUCGCGACCGAGCUUUCUGUGCGCGGCGCUCCGAGGAUCCGGAAUGGGAUUUCUGGCGCUGGGCGCGCUCCGAACCCGGCGCCCCUAGGAGCCGAGGAGCGCCCAGAGCCGCCUCGCUGCCUGGAGCCCCCGCGCCUGGGACGAGAUGUUGGAAGCGCCACCGCCUGUUCCCCGAGGAGCCGCUGCCCGCGGGAUCACCCGGCAUGAUUUGCGCCGGGGCCACAAGCGGCUGGAGAAGACGACGCCCCCUACGCUUGACCCGCGCGUCCGGAGCCGCGCCUCCUGAGCCUCUUGGCGGCCUCAGGGCCAAAGCCGCUCCGCCGCCGGUGCCCCCUCGGAAACCAUGACCUCCGGCGCGCGCCCAUGGAGCCAUGGCCUAUAGGGUCUUGGGCCGCGCGGGGCCACCUCAGCCGCGAAGGGCGCGCAGGCUGCUCUUCGCCUUCACGCUCUCGCUCUCCUGCACUUACCUGUGUUACAGCCUCCUGUGCUGCUGCGACGACCUCGGCCAGAGUCGCCUCCUCGGAGCGCCUCGCUGCCUCCGCGGCCCCAGCGCGGGCGGCCAGAAACUUCUCCAGAAGUCCCGCCCCUGUGAUUCUCCGGGGCCGACGCCCAGCGAGCCCAGCGCUCCCAGCUCGCCCGCCGCCGCCUUGCCCGCCCCUCGUCUCUCGGGUUCCAACCACUCCGGCUCACCGAAGCUGGCCACGAAGCGGCUGCCCCAAGCGCUCAUUGUGGGCGUGAAGAAAGGGGGCACCCGGGCCGUGCUGGAAUUUAUCCGGGUGCACCCUGACGUGCGGGCCUUGGGCACGGAGCCCCACUUCUUCGACAGGAACUACGGCCGUGGCCUGGACUGGUACAGGAGCCUAAUGCCCAGGACCCUUGAGAGCCAGAUCACACUGGAGAAGACGCCCAGCUACUUUGUCACUCAAGAGGCCCCUCGACGGAUCUUCAACAUGUCUCGUGAUACCAAACUGAUCGUGGUCGUGCGGAAUCCUGUGACCCGGGCCAUCUCCGAUUAUACCCAGACACUCUCCAAAAAGCCUGACAUUCCCACCUUUGAGGGCCUUUCCUUCCGCAACCGCACGCUGGGCUUGGUGGACGUGUCCUGGAACGCCAUCCGCAUCGGCAUGUACGCCCUGCACCUGGAGAGCUGGCUGCAGUACUUCCCGCUGGCGCAGAUCCACUUUGUCAGUGGCGAGCGGCUCAUCACUGACCCGGCUGGGGAGAUGGGGCGAGUGCAGGACUUCCUGGGCAUCAAGCGGUUCAUCACGGACAAGCACUUCUACUUCAACAAGACCAAAGGCUUCCCUUGCUUGAAAAAGCCAGAAUCGAGCCUCCUGCCUCGAUGCCUGGGCAAAUCGAAGGGGAGAACUCAUGUACAGAUAGAUCCGGAAGUGAUAGACCAGCUCCGGGAAUUUUAUAGACCUUAUAAUAUUAAAUUUUAUGAGACUGUUGGGCAGGACUUCAGGUGGGAAUAAGCCAAGGAGAUACAAGGGUUUUUCUCUUCUACAAGGGUUGCUCUCAGAGCCUGAGACUUUCCCCCUACUUUCCUGGGCUCCAGCCCCCUUCCUCAAUUGGGUCCCAUCAUCCUGGAAUAGGGAAGCCCAGAUAAAGCCAGGGGACCAGAG